AUGUUUCGUAAAGCAGAGAGCUUUUGUCGUACCAUCUUACAGAAACCACAGCAGUUUCGAGGAAGACAGAGAAAAGAAAUGGGGAUAGGAGUGUUGGGUUUGAUCCCAGUUUCAUCACCAGACAGUCUUAAGAAAGUACUUCAAACGCUGUCGGGAAAAUGGGGAGACGUGGUGGAAGAUCUCGAGAGUCUUCAAGUGAAACCCAUGAAAGGCGCAAUGACUAACGAAGUCUUCAUGGUGAAUUGGCCCACAAAGGAAAACAAUUUUCACCACAGGAAGCUUCUCGUUCGAGUUUAUGGCGAAGGAGUUGAUCUGUUCUUCAACAGGAAAGACGAGAUUCGUACUUUCGAAGUACUCUCUCGAUACGGUCACGGUCCUAGACUCCUUGGCCGGUUCGCUGGCGGUAGAAUCGAGGAGUUUAUCAAUGCCCGGACUUUAGCGGCGGCGGAUCUACGUGAACCGGAAGUAUCAGCUCUUGUUGCGGCUAAGCUAAGAGACUUUCAUGGUAUUAACGUUCCUGGUGAUAGAAAUGUGCUCCUUUGGGAUAGGAUGAGGAAUUGGCUUGGACAAGCUAAGAGUCUGUGUACACCUGAAGAUUCAGAAGAGUUUGGUCUAGACAACAUUGAAGCUGAGAUAAACUUGCUGCAACAUGAGUGUAAGCAGCAUGAGAUUGGGUUCUGUCACAACGAUUUGCAGUAUGGUAACAUCAUGAUUGAUGAAGACACCAAUGCCAUUACUAUCAUUGACUACGAGUACGCUAGUUAUAACCCUGUUGCAUACGACAUAGCCAAUCACUUCUGUGAAAUGGCGGCAAAUUACCAUUCUGACACUCCCCAUAUCUUAGACUACACUCUAUACCCAGGAGAAGAGGAACGGAGGAGAUUCAUCCAUAGCUAUCUCAGCUCUUCAGGCGACGAAGCAAGAGAAGAAGACAUUAUACAGCUUUUGGAUGAUGCUGAGAAGUACACAUUGGCAAGCCAUCUCUUCUGGGGCUUAUGGGGAAUCAUCUCUGGAUAUGUGAACAAGAUUGAGUUUGAUUACGCUGAGUACUCAAGACAGAGAUUCAGACAGUACUGGCUUCGAAAACCUCAGCUCUUAUCAUCUAAAUCCUCUCAAAUGUAG